AUGGGCCGUGUCUCCCAUUUGCUUCCUCUGGGCUUGUUAUUGCUUGCACCAGACUUCUUAAUUCCAAGGACAUACGCUAUCUGGCCAUUUCCCUCUAAACGCUUUACGGCAAAUGCUUUCAUCGACGCACACGGCCUAGGACUCGACGACGCUGGUAGAAUCGUGGCAUUUGGAGACUUUGAUGGAGACCAAUUUUUGGACGUAGUCACUCUUCCUGCAUCAAACUCCCAGACUUCGGACCAGAGCAUGUUGCAAAUCUACACGUGGUCACACUCGGACUUCAAAUUCUACAAGAACUCGACCAUUGAGUCUCCGGAUUCUAAUCCCAUCGUCAAUGUCGUCUCAGGCGACUUCACCCAUGACGGUAAACUGGACUUACUCCUGAUGACCAACGCUGGAAGUAAACUCGCAAUGUGGCUCUACGUUGGAGACAGCUACAGAGGCUUCGAGCCAGUACCUGUCUCCAUUCCUCCUUCAACUCUUUCACAGCCUAUUCCUUUCGAUUUCAAUGGAAACUUAAGGCUAGACAUGAUUGGGAACGUGCCACACUCACGUUCUACUCCCAUCCCUGGAGAGGAAACCUCCCUCAUUCUAUGGCGAAACGUCUGGCAAAGUUCCAACAAAACAAUUUUGUUUGACACUGUUCCUUUCGCCGACGUCAACGAUCUCGCGGCUGCACCAGGAUGUGCAUUGGCAAACCCUCACAGCUCUGCCGUCCUUGAUUUUGACGGGGAUUGCUCUGCUGAUCUCUUUUUGGCCUGCAAAACGCCAGAUUCUGAUCAAAUAACGUUUCAGAUCUGGCUAAAUAAUCCUUCUGGUGGUGGUUUCCGACUCGGACAGACGGGAAUGCUGCCAAAAGGGGCCGGUAUGGUCAGCUUUGCUGAUAUGGAUCGCGACGGCACAGUGGACAUGGUGUUCCCUGUUUGCAACUCAGUCGACGCACAAGGCAUUGGUCAUGAAUGCAGCAUCAACAUUGCAUUCAACAAGCAAAUGGGUUUCUGCAAGACGGGACUUGGUCAGAAGCAGAGAAAUGAGUGCCGAAAGCUUGACAACCUUUGUCUUGCUGAUCCCAACUUCAAAUUUGAUCUGUCUGAUGGAAGCAAGACUAUGCUCAGUAUACCGGUUGCGGAUUUACUCAAGUACACUUCGCCAGCUCAGAAAACAUCCUCGCUUUUGAUGAUGGACGUGACGCACUCGCCACCCCUCCCCCUUUCUAUCAAGCUGGGAGAUGCGAAUCUGGAUGGUUAUCCAGACCUGCUAUUCAUUGCAGUCAACUCGGAUGAUGAGAGAGUACCCAAGCUUGCUUGGAGCAUUGCAUGUUCGAGCGGAGAACCAGGAUGUCCUGCAUCGACCUCAAACGAGAGACGAGGUACUGUUGAUGACGACGAUGAUGAUGAUGACGACGAGUCACCUCUGAGAGGAAUCGGCGGACGCGGUUUCGUCGUCGCUAGUCCCGGAGGGGACGCUAGCGCAUUGGCCUCAUUCAAAGAUGCAAGAAGUGUCAGCUUCCUCGAUUUGGAUGAAGACGGAACGUUGGACAUAUUGGUGCAGCGUAGUGGCACUGGCAAAGGUGGAAAGGGCACAGGAAGUGGAGAGAAAAUCAAUUUUAUACAAAAUAAUGUCUUCCACGAUGCAUUCUUUAUGAAGGCGAUUGUACUCAACGGUGCAUGUGGCGGCAUGUGCGUGUCGAACGAUCCACGACAGCCAUCGUAUCAUCCAUUCGGAGUCUCUUAUUCUGGUGCAACGUACAAGUAUACAAUUCUAGAUACGUCUGGGCGACGGUCUGCCGCACAAAUACCGCAACUGCCUCAAACAUCCUAUCACGCACUCCAACUCCCUACAGUUUCUUCGGCCUUGGGCCAAAACCCUACAAAUCCGAGUGAGAGACGAGCAGAGUUUGGAUUUAUUAUCCAACAGCGUGCAUCGCUUACCAAUGCGACCAUGGCGGGUGGGUCGUCGCCCCGAUCGGGUGAAGGGAUCCAUUAUAUCAGUAUGGAAGGUGUCAUUCCAAACUCGAAGGUCGUCAUCAUUCCCCCCAGUAAUCCGGGCUUUGGAGAGUGGAAGCGAGAGUUGUACCUGCGACCAGGAGAAUGGAUCCCCUGGGUGACCGUCACGCUUGUCGUAGCGACAAUUAUCCUUGGAAUCAUUGUGUAUGCCUUCCAUUGGAAUGAAAAGAGGGAGGAUGAACUGGAACGGCGCAGGGCACUUCACAGUAUUAACUUUGAUGCGUUGUAA